CGAUAACAAACACUCACCACAUUCUCUCUCACUUUUCUUCUAGGCUCACAAACAAGAACAAAGAGAAAAUCUUUAGACGCUUCAGAGAUCAAAAGAUGAACAUAGCUCACACCAUCUUCGGCGUCUUCGGAAACGCAACUGCUCUGUUUCUCUUCUUGGCUCCUGCGAUAACGUUCAAGAGAAUCAUCAAGAACAAAUCAACUGAACAGUUCUCUGGCAUCCCUUACCCUAUGACUCUCCUCAACUGUCUCCUCUCCGCCUGGUACGGACUUCCCUUUGUGUCAAAGGACAACACGCUCGUGAGCACAAUCAACGGAACAGGAGCAGCGAUAGAGACAAUCUACGUCUUGAUCUUCCUUUUCUACGCACCGAGGAAAGAGAAAGCCAAGAUCUUUGCUAUCUUCGCCGCCGUCUUGGCCGUGUUCGCAACGGUGGCUCUUGUCUCUCUCUUUGCCCUCCAUGGUAACGGUAGAAAACUCUUCUGCGGUAUCGCAGCCACCGUGUUCUCCAUCAUCAUGUACGCUUCUCCACUCUCAAUCAUGAGAUUGGUGAUAAAGACGAAGAGUGUAGAGUUCAUGCCAUUCUUUUUGUCUCUCUUUGUCUUCCUCUGUGGUACUUCUUGGUUCAUCUAUGGUCUCAUCGGUCGUGACCCUUUUGUUGCAAUCCCAAAUGGGUUUGGAUGUGCUUUGGGGACAGUGCAGUUGAUUCUCUACUUCAUCUACUGUGGAAACAAAGGCGAGAAAUCAACAGAUGAUGCUGAGAAGGAUGAGAAGAAGACGGUGGAGAUGAAAGAUGAGGAGAAGAAGAAACAAAAUGUGGUUAAUGGAAAGCAGCAAGAGCAGCAAGUUUAGAUCUUUGAAUGAUUGUUUAGCUCUUCUUCACUAGAGUAAUGCUUUUGUGUGUUUAGAUGUGAUGUAAAAAAAAAAAAACUAUGCUGAAAAAUGUAAGAUUCCUACUGAUAAGUGAUUAACGAGUGAUUGAAUAAAGAU